AUGGACCGGGUGGUGUUAGCAAAGAAUUGCCCUACAACUAGACUUGAAACGAAAACCGAUGUUUCUUUUGUAUGUCAAUAUGAAAAUAUAUUGGUGGUAGGAGAAUCUUCUGGUCAAAUUUUAGUGUUCACAGUGCGAGAGAAUGGAGACCUUGAAUAUACUCAACACCUUUUAUAUCACAAACAUCCAAUUAACUCGGUGCUUUGUUUUCCUUUUGAAGUUGACGGAAUUGUUGACCUAGCAGUCCUUAGCUUGGAUGAAUCUGGACUUCUAUGUCAAUGGCUUUUAAAAUCCUGUAAUUGUCGUGCAAAGCUUCAACUUCAUGAUGGCCUAUGUCUGCAGCUGUAUCUGUUGAAUCCAAACUACGUUUGUGUUUGUGGUACCUAUUUAUCUAUUUACAUUAUACAAUUAGCGAAUUUUAGUAUUGCUGGUAAUUGGAUCAAUCACGAUAACUGGCCUAUAUUGUUCUCCUGCAAUGAAAGAUCCAAUUGCAUCCCUGUUGGUUAUGUCGACGGGUCGGUCUCUCUUUGGUCUCAAAAGUCGACUUCUUUGGAAUUUGAGAAAAAAGUGACUUGUAAACCAAUUGCUACUGAGAAACUUGGAAGCCUGAUAUCCGUCCAUUCUGCUAAAUAUUUAUCCAAAAAUCUCCACAUUUUUGUCUAUGAGUCAGGGAUAUCUAUAGUCCGUGAUUUACAAAAAUGCGAGUGUUACUACUACAAAGAGCAGGUCACUUCGGUUUUACUUUUAAAGACUGGUGCAAUUUGUCUUUUCACUCUUUCCGAAAUGCUCCUGCUAAAAUUGUCCUCAACUUCCGUUCCUGAAUUAAAUGUAGUUAAUUCUUUCUCCGGUAGGUAUCCAUGGAAGUCUAUUUUUCUUUACAACGAGGAGCCAGUAAUACUAAAAAAAUGCUCUUCUAAAAUCACUCUUGAAUGGAUAAUGAAUAAUAAUCAGCGACAAAUCCUUUUAAGUCCUCAUCUGGAUCAGAAAGUUAUUACAUCUGCAUAUUGCUAUAAUCUAAACUUGUUUUUAGGAGGAACAACUGGUCUGGCUAUGUACUCUCUUUUUGACUGGUAUAUACACAAUGAUCCAUUUCCUGUCGAAUCCUUUCCAAGCGUAAAAGGAUUGGUAACCUGUAUGAAAAUUUUUGAAAAUGAUCCUUCUGAAAUUGUGUUAGUGGUGACCACUAAAGAUGGAAAUGGUUAUUUCUAUAAAUUAUUACAUCAAGAACGUUGGCAGUUUAUUUGCCAUCGUACGUUGAAUUCCUUGUGUAUUUUAAAAGUGGUUUUUCUGAGGAAAGUUAUGUCUUCUAAACAAAGCGGGGUAUAUGUUUUCGUUGGCUUGGAUGGGUCCUUAACCGCACUAGAUGAGCUUUUUAAUGUUCUUGGAUUUCUACCUUCCGAUGGAUCACAGGCAGAGAGCAUCCAUUAUAUUUACGGUUCCGAUUCUAUUUUUGUUUCUUAUGAUAAUUUCCAAUCAUUACAAUGGGAAUUUUUGAAGCAAGAAGUGCAUGACGUGAAGAAUAAUCCUGUCAUGGAUGCAUCCUUCGUAUCGAUUAAUCUUGGUAAACAUUGCGAUCCAGUAACAGCUAAUCGUGGCACGUAUUCUACGAUAACAGAUGACCUCUUGGUUACCUUUUUAAAUACUAAAGCACUGGUUAACAGUAUUAUUUUUUCCAACGAAACCUACGUUGAAAAAUCCUGCGUUGACGAGUUUCUAGACUUUAUCCAACCUCCGUUUUUAAACGCAGAAAAUGAAGCUGAUAUGCUAUACCAGUCCGAUAUUACUAACCAAUCAUGCGUUCACCUUGGUGUCGGAAAGGCGGAUGGAAGCGCAAUAAUAAGAUACAAUUCUUCGAUGCAAUCAGUUACUUCUGAAGCACCUUUUUGCUCUGCGCUUUUGCUUCAUUUAUACUUUUCCUUGCUUUUACCUAUAUGUAAAUAUGAUGGCUUAAGUGAAAAUCAAAUCAAAGAAGGGAUUUUGUUGAACCUUGAGGGAAUCACUUCGACUGAAUACAGUCUAUCUACUCUAACAUUCGCUUGGAGUAACUCUGAUAAAAAUGUUCAAGAGAUAAUUCGAUUUGUGCUAUUGCGAAUUGCUGAACUGACACCUAGCGAUGAACUACAGAGAAUAAUACAUUAUUUUUUUGAGGUCUUCUGCUCUUUCCAAAAAAAUUACUACCUGGAUUCCGAAAUCACGCAUUCUUUAUACGUACUAUCCAUUCUGGCCGAAUUAUAUCCUUCUGCAUUUGACGAUCAUGAAGUAAAAACAUUGUCUUCAUAUCUAUUACAAAAAGCCUCUGAUUAUGAAAACGAUCAUGUCGCUCUUCGAUUACUAAGUAAUGGCUUUUCGGUAUUUUCUAAGCACAUUGAUCCCGCAAAGCUAAUUUACUACAUGUCAUUGUCGGCAUCGGUCCAUGACCACGACUUGAAAGACGAAAAUAGUAUGCUUUUUAGAUCAGUCGUCGAUGUUUCUUCUAGCAAUUCCAUCCUUUUAUUAACCUGUUUAUGCAAUGAAGUUUACGACCCAAAUAAAUCUAAGCUUCGACAGGCAAUUCUGAAAAUCAUGAGAUUGGCCAUCGAAAACACGGAGCAGAAUUUUGUCUUAUUCAAUCAUCUAUUAACGGAAAAAUUAAUUCCAAUCCUGUAUGCUAAUCGUUCUUCGAAAGAAGCUAUUGAAGUAACGAAAGCUAUAUCAGAAAGGUUUCCUUUCGUAUGUUUUGACGAAAGAAUUGAUAAAUAUUCAUACAUAGAAAACGGGUUUUUGACUGUAUACGAAAUCCCAAAAAGGAAAAAGAUCGUUAGUUCGGAAUCGGUUGAUGGCGAUUUUCAAACAUUAUCGGCAAACCCAGCUGGUGAAUGUUAUAUUGGGGUCAGCGCCAUGAAAAAAGAGUGUAUAGUGUGGAGAAUGAUGUAUGAAAAUGGAACAUUUUUGAACUCAUACGACACAAACCUGAGCGUUGUUAAACGUGUCCUUUUGCAGACAAAUUCUGAUUUUGAAAACGACCGUCCUAAAGUCCUUUGGAUUGGCCAGGCAUCUGCUGAAAUCCAUGUCGGAAGCACAAUUGCCAUUAUUGAUAUAUAG